AGGCGGAGCCUGGGCGGAACAAGCAGCAGGUUUUGUGGCGACUAGCUGGUUGUGACCUAACUCUGCUGUGAUCUGGUGAUACUUCAACACUGCAUCUAAAGAAAAGAUGUCGGCAGCUGUGAAAAAUCCUUUUGAGCACAUAGUUGAGCCUCUGGACCCCAAAGACCCAAAGCAGCAGUUUUUCAAUCUAUCCAAGCUUGGAGAUCCCAGAUAUGACCGUCUGCCAUUCUCCAUCCGGGUCCUCCUGGAAUCUGCUGUCAGGAACUGUGAUGAGUUUCUAGUGAAGCGCUCGGAUGUGGAAAGCAUCCUGAACUGGAAGCAGACGCAGUUCCAAACUGUGGAGGUGCCGUUCAGGCCGGCGCGGGUCAUCCUCCAGGACUUCACCGGUGUUCCUGCCGUGGUCGACUUCGCUGCCAUGCGUGAUGCAGUGAUGAAACUCGGUGGCGACCCAGAAAAGAUUAAUCCAGUUUGUCCCGCCGACCUCGUCAUUGAUCAUUCCAUCCAAGUGGACUUCAACAGGAAGUCUGAUAGCCUUCAGAAAAAUCAGGAUCUGGAGUUUGACCGCAACAAAGAAAGAUUUCAAAGUGAAACAAUCAGGUGUGAACUUUGUGUCAAAGUAAAAGUUCACCGUGCCCCUUCAGGUGUGGGUGGAAUUGAAGCAGAAGCUGUUAUGCUGGGUCAGCCAAUCAGCAUGGUGCUCCCCGAGGUGGUGGGCUACAAGGUGCACGGCGCUGCGGAUAAGUUCAUCACGUCCACCGACAUCGUCCUGACUGUUACCAAGCACCUCCGUCAGGUGGGCGUGGUAGGAAAAUUCGUGGAGUUCUUCGGCCCAGGCGUGGCUCAGCUGUCGAUCGCUGACAGAGCCACCAUCGCCAACAUGUGCCCAGAGUACGGCGCCACGGCAGCCUUCUUCCCCGUGGACGACGUCAGCCUUCAGUAUCUCGAACAAACCGGACGGGAGCCAGAGAAGUUAGCAUACAUUACACAGUACCUGAAGGCGGUGGCCAUCUUCAGAGACUACAACGAUGUGUGUCAGGAUCCAGAGUUCACUCAGGUGGUAGAACUGGAUCUGAGCACGGUGGUUCCCUGCUGCAGCGGUCCCAAAAGACCUCAGGACAGAAUUCCCGUGUCUGACAUGAAAAAGGAUUUUGAAGCUUGUCUGGAAGCAAAGCAAGGCUUCAAGGGCUUCCAGGUGGCUCCGCAGCACCACAACGCUACAGCCCCCUUCCAGUUCAACGGGAAGGAGUACGCGCUGAGUCACGGCUCGGUGGUUAUCGCUGCCAUCACAAGCUGCACCAACACUAGCAACCCAUCUGUCAUGCUGGGAGCAGGACUCCUGGCAAAAAAAGCAGUUGAGUGUGGUUUGAGUGUUUCUGUGCCUCAGGGGGAUCUGAUCGCUGCAGGCGUCCUCUCAGGGAACAGAAACUUUGAAGGACGAGUGCAUCCCAACACCAGAGCCAACUACCUGGCUUCCCCACCGCUCGUCAUCGCCUAUGCACUAGCUGGCACAGUGAGAAUAGACUUUGAGAAUGAGCCCAUUGCGAUGAGCUCUGAAGGCAAAGAGGUUUUCCUCAGGGACAUCUGGCCCACUCGAGAGGAAAUCCAGGCUGUGGAGAGAAUGUUUGUCAUUCCAUCCAUGUUCAAAGAGGUUUAUGAGAAGAUCGAGAACGUGAAUGAACGCUGGAACUCGCUGGCUGCUCCCUCUGAUAAACUCUACACCUGGGACCCCAGAUCAACCUACAUCAAGUCUCCGCCCUUCUUUGAUGGUUUGGUAAGUACAUGCCGUACACGAACGGUCGUCUGCAGACUUAUUCAAAGGUUAUGUUUUGCCUUCGUUGAGAAGAAGAGUGGACUUAGUGUAGUGUAUCAUCAUCAUAGUCAGCGUUGGGCAGCCACCUCCUCAGCUUAUCCAGGGAAACGUUGGGCCUUUCCCAGCGUGUCCCGGGUCUACGCCGGGGCCUCCCUGCGCUCCCGAGACUACAACUCGUACGGCUCUCGGCGAGGUAACGACGCCGUUAUGGCCAGAGGGACGUUCGCCAACAUCCGUCUCUUCAAUAAGUUUCUCAACAAGCAGGCGCCACAAACCGUCCACCUGCCGACAGGAGAAACGCUGGACGUGUUCGACGCUGCAGACAGGUACCAGCAGUCCAGAAUCCCUUUGCUCGUUCUCGCGGGGAAGGAGUACGGCUCUGGGAGCUCCAGGGACUGGGCCGCAAAGGGCCCCUUUCUGCUGGGCAUCAAGGCUGUCCUGGCAGAGAGCUAUGAGCGGAUCCACCGCAGUAACCUGGUUGGGAUGGGAGUGAUUCCUCUGGAGUAUCUACCAGGAGACACGGCCGACAGCCUGGGUCUGACCGGCAGAGAGCGCUACAGCGUGGUCAUCCCCGAGCCGCUCACACCCAGGAUGGUCGUAGACAUCAAGCUCGACUCGGGGAAAACGUUCCAAGUGCGCAUGAGAUUUGACACGGACGUGGAGCUGGCGUAUUUCCGGCACGGAGGCAUCCUCAACUACAUGAUCCGCAAGAUGUCCGAGUCCUAACUGAUGUGUCUGAUCGUGGGCUGCACAGCAUAGCUGUAGUGUGUGAUUCUGGCUUUACAGCCACA